AUGCCGGGACUCUCCCCGUCCUUCCUCCUCCUCCUCCUCCUCCUCCUCCUCCUCCCGGGGUCCUCCCGCGCCCCCCCCGCGCCCCCCUCCCCGGCUCCCUGCGGCCUGCGCAGCGUUUCUGUCGGGGUGGGGGCUCUGGGUCUGGGGUACCCGUCCCCCGAGAGCGUGGUGUUCCGCUACUGCUGGGGGGGCUGCCCGGCGCCCCCCACCCUGCACGGGCUGGCGCUGGGGGCCGUGCUGGGGGCCGGGGGGGGCUCGGCCUCGGGGGGCGGGGGUCCCUGCUGCCGCCCCACCCGCUACGAGGACGUGGCCUUCCUGGACUCGGAGCUGCGCUGGCAGCGGCUGCCGCGGCUUUCGGCGGGGGCCUGCGCGUGCCUGGGGUGAGACCCCCGACCCCCCCCCUCUCUAAAGGGACCCCCACCCUCAAAAACCACCCCCUCACUCUGAAACCCCCCCAAAAAAAACCCCCUCCCCAAAAUCUCCCCAGCUCCGGGAGGUGUUACCCCCCCCCCCAUCCUCUAAAAAACCCUCUACCCCAAAAAAAAAACCUCUCCCCAAAACCAAAAACCCCCUCCCCAAAAACUCCUCCCCACCUCUGGGAAGUGUUACCCCCCUGCCUCUAAAAAAACCCCCUCCCCAAAAACUCCUCCCCGCCUCCGGGGGGGUGUCGUUGGGGCAGGGGUCUCUCUCUCUCUCUCUCUUUACACCCCCAAAAGCUCCCCCUGGUUCUCAGCUCCGGGGGGGUUUGGGGGUUCCCCCUCCCCAAAAAAAAAAACAAGAA